AUGGCGGAGAACCCUGCAGCUGCGGCGGGGGCGCUAACGGAGCUCAACAUGGAGGAGGACAAGACACACCAUUCGCUGGUCCCAGACGAUGUCGUGAUCCGCGACUACCUGAGCUGCAUCAACGACGACACCUGGGUGCGGCACGCCGAGUUGGUGAAGCUCUCCGACCUGAAGGACACACCGCACGAGGAGGUGGCGAAGGAGGAGGUUCUCCGCAGCUACAUCGAGGAGCGGCGCAGAGGCGGGGUGGAGGUGCCACGGGAUCUCAUCAUGGAGGGCAUCCUCUGGCAGGAAAAGUUUAUGGACGAGUACAAGAAGGAGCACCGCACACAAGACAAGGAGGAGGCAUCCAACUACAAGCAGUCGUUGAUGUCAAAUUUUCGAACGAAGCGAAGUGGCCUCGCCAUCACGGCGGGUUCCACGGGGGAGCGAAAAACCUUCGAUUACAAGGCAAGACAAGCCGCUGAACCGGAAUACCCAACGGAAGCUGCCUCGAAGCAUCAUGCAGGUCAUCUGCCUUCCCAUGCAGAUGCAUCGGCAGCGCCAAACGGAUCGAAUAAUGAAAUGCCCAAUGGGACACAUGAAUUAAAAACUGGGGCCGCGGAAGCAACUGAACCGAGUCACGAAAUCAACGUAGCUGCGGCCCCGCAUCCUGCUGAACAACAGGCCCCAGCGGAGCAACAGCCGGAUCCGGCUCGCCAUGGGCAGCACACAGAACAGGCUGCACAUGAAUAUCCGACUGAAGAACAGUCCCCAGCGGAGCAACAUCCGGAUCUGGCUCACCAUGAGCAGCACACAGAACAGGCUGCACAUGAAUAUCCGACUGAAGAACAGCCCCCAGCGGAGCAACAUCCGGAUCUGGCUCAACAUGAGCAGCACACAGAACAGGCUGCACAUGAAUAUCCGACUGAAGAACAGCCCCCAGCGGAGCAGCAUCCGGAUCCGGCUCAACAUGAGCAGCAUGUUGGCCAGGACGGUGAUGUUUUGCCCAGUGAUGUAAAUCAUAACACCGCCGAGUACCCAAGCGAGGAAGGGGUCUCGACAGAGAAACUGGCUCGUGAUGAAGCGGCGACAGCUGUUGCUGCGGAGGCUCCCGCUGACGUGGGGCACCCAGUCGAGGCUGACCCUACUCAUCCUGAAGAACCUGGGGCAGCUGUGGUAGGCGACUAG